UCAAAGUUGUUGGACAAUACGAGUAAUUCGCAUGGUUUUUGUCCAUCGUGUCUCAUUCUUUACAGACAAUAUUUGCAAGGAGACGCCUUAGAGCACAGAAUUUUUGAUGCAGUAGAAACGGCGUUUGUUGAAAUUGACAAAAUUUCCGGCCAAUUCGAUCCAGAACAGUACAUAAACUUUAUCGUUACCAACAUCCUGACAAGUCUUUGCUUUGGCGGAAAAUAUGAUUUCAAAGAUAAAGAAGUGAGUUAUAUUCUGAAAGCCGAAGACAAAAUAAACGACAUAUUUGCAACGGGCGUCUUGGAGGAUUUUGUACCAGGAUUGAAAUUUGUGUAUAAGACCCAGGCCUUUAAAGAGAUGGAGGUGUUUACGAAUGAAAUGAUUGAAGGGUUUAUAAGAAGAAAAUACAAGGAGGCGGAGUCAACUUUUAAUAAAGAUAACAUGCGACAUUUUUCGGACAAUUUGAUCCUUGCUCGCAUGGAGGCGGAACACGAGGAGGGAAAAGACGCACUCUCAGGACUAGAUGAAGAUCACAUUGUUCAAACGCUUACUGAUAUAUUCUUUGCUGGCAUAGACACAUCCCGAUUUACACUCAGGUUUGCCCUGUUACACAUGGUGGCAUUUCCGGAUAUACAAGAAAAGGUUCAAGAAGAAAUAGAUAAUGCUGUUGGGAGGGACAGAUUACCAGGAGUUGCAGACCGCCCUAAUCUUGGUUAUACGGAAGCUGUGUUACACGAAAGUAUGCGUCUUGCAAGCUUCGCCCCAUCAGGAGUUAUGCAUCAAGCGUCUUGUGAUACAGAAUUGUCCGGCUACCGAAUUCCAAAAGGAACAAACAUAGCCAUUAAUCACUGGGCGCUUCACCAUGACCCAAGCGCAUGGGAUGACGUUGAUCGAUUUAUUCCAAAACGAUAUUUAGGGGAAGAUGGAAAGCUAGGACCUAAGCCAAAGAACUGGCUGCCAUUUUCGGCUGGGACACGAGUAUGUCUCGGAGAAUCUGUAGCCAAACCAAAGCUUCAUUUAAUCUUCGCGAGUUUAAUGCAGCGCUAUAAAUGGAAAAUGGAGUCGGGAUUAUGUGCAGAUAUCGUCCCUGUUGGGUCAGCUUUUAUUCUGGGUUGUAAGCCCUACAAAGUCAUUGCUGAAAGGAGAAUUUAAGUGACAGAAGAAAAAGUUUUUUUUAAUAUAAUUAGGGUAACUAGUAGAAUAUAUCGUGAAAGAGAACUAGUAUAAUUAAAAAGUAUGACAUUAUAUUCAGUAGAAGACAUGUUUAAAUUGUACUAUUAUAUUUUUUAGCAUGUAGAAAAAUAUUUGUAUACACUGUUAUAUGUAAAUUCAUUUUUUUGCUCCUUAUUAACACGUAGAAGUAAUAUUAUUUACAUCAAUAUCAAAAUGUUAUUUGGUUUAUAUUUCAACUUCUCUUAUAUCAUAAUCUUAUGUUACACGAGGCUAAAGACCAUCAAGAGGUAUUCUCGAAACGCAGUCCCUACAAUACUCUGAAGCAACGGCAAACGAAAGGACACCAAGCGGGGAGGGAAAAUCAAAUGAGGAGGAGGUGCAUAAUUAGAUAUUUAUUAGUGGCGGCAGAGCAACAAUGGAAGAGGGGGAUUGGUAGAUAUAUCCGGGUCAAUGAUACAUAUUACAAUAUAUACAAAGGAUAUUACGUGGGACGCAAACACAUAACGCAUAUAACUGUUUGCAAAACAUACUGAAAGGAACGUGAUAUUGUAUCAAUGUAAACUUAUUUUUGACACCAAAGGUAUUUAGCUUAACACUUGUGGACCUUUUUACAUAAGCUAUUUCAAGAUAGAUAUGCAGCCCAUUAUCUAAAAAAAACCCUAUUGUCUGCUUGUCUCCUCUUCGUGAUUCUAUCGUAACAUCUGUUACAUGUUUUCUUUUACUUGGAUGUAUAGCAGAGGAGCGUUGCUGACAGUUGAAUGGUCCAAUGAAACCGAGCCGUUAACAUUUUCAAUUUUGCGGUUUUGGGGUUUUCUUUAAGAUAUCCGUUUUCUUUAUCUUAUUUGAUAUUAUGCUGUUUAACGGAAAAUGUAAAAUGUGUUAUCUGGAAGAUGUUAUGUCAAAAAUAUGCAAAAAUGAACUCUUUUUUCCAGAUAUUUUAAUGCUACUGUAAGAACAAUAAUGCACUGUUACAUGUACUAAGUUCACAGCAAUUUUAAAUUAAGCAAUUUCCAUGACAUAUUUACUUUCAUCAAGUCGUUUUCAUUCAUCAAGUGCUCCAGUGCUUUUAUUUGUUAAUUAUAAUUAUAUUGUUUUUUUAUGAUUAAACUAAAAAUGAUUCUACAAGAAAUAACCCUCAGAUUUUGUAAGAGUAAAAAAAGAAAAGUUUGAAAAAUACCAAUAAUAAAUUCAUUUUGUUUGAGAAAUAUAUCCAUUGUUGCUCUGCCCCCACCAGUAACAAAUAACAUUUUUAUUUGAAAUUCACAAUUCACAUAAAGAAGGAAUAUAAACAAGCAAAUUCCGUUUUAUGGCUAUGGAAACAAUAGGUAAUUGUUAAUGUUGGAAUGCUUGACUGUCCUUCCGCUCGAUGUUCCGCAUGCAAGAAUCAUGUUUGUUGAAAGCUGCGUUCGUUGAAUGACGCGUUUCCUUGUUGGCAAUUGGUCAAAGGUCAAAAUUGCUCGUAGACUUGUAUCGAUCAACAAUUCUGUCUUUCCUGGAUGGAUGUUUUAGUGAAAAUGUGUCAUGCAUUUAAAUCAAAUUUUGAUGUGAAAUGUGAAAGGUAGUCGUGUCUAGCCCAUAACUAUGCUAUUCGUGGAUGAGUUCUUUUUAUAUAUCUGUAUGCAUAAAUGUGUGCAAAUGAAGCCAAUUUAUCGCACGCAAAGCUUAGAUUUGAAAUUCAGAUCAAAAGAGCAAGGUAAUACUUAAUUUGAAAGCAGAGGGGAAAUUAUCGAGAGAUUGAGAUUGUUGGUUUUUUUAACUACUUGACCCUUACCGUUGUUGGUCUGAAUCCAGAAAGAGACUUUGGAUUCUUCUUGUGAAGUUGCUAUUCACCUCAGUGAUUCUAUGCAGGUGCCUACACGUGCCUGAAAUAAUGCAUGAUUGUGAACCUAUGUAUAUCUUCCUCCACCAGUAAGGCUUGAAGGUCGCCGAAAGACCUUUAAAGUGUCGAUGUGUCUUAAAAUCGAACAAAAGUAUGAUUUUCGUUUGCGAUAAACAUGUCAUACAUUGAUGUUUUUUUUCGUAAAACAAAACUUUACAUUUAUGCGUGGCGGAUAUUUCUUAAUUAUUAUACUCUAGGAUGUUAUUGUCAUUUUUCUAAAUAUAUUCGAAAUGCAUUUAAUAACAUUCUAAAAGCCGUCAAUGCACAUAUAUUUUGAACUUCAAAAAUUAUAAAAUAAUGAAAAAAAAGAACAAUAUACCUUUACUAAAAAACUUAACAACACCCAACAUUGAUUUCGAACAAAACAAAACAAAAAUAUAUAUAUUUCAGCUAAAUAUUAAGACUGAGGUUUCAAUCACAGUUAAGUUAUCUUUUUUGUGGUUUAUAUAGAUAGAAGUGUUCAAUCCUAGAAUGCCAGCAUAUUCGCCAAAAUGACAAUCCCGUACAAUGUUCUUUAAGUGCACUGUGCGUGAGCUGAAGUGCAAGUACUCUAUAAGGACGAUUUUUGUACAGACGCAGAUGAUCAAAACGAAUAAAGAACUGUCUUUUCUGAGACUUUCUAUGAUUUCCUGCUUGCGUGCAUGCAUCACUUCAUAAGAUUACUAGUAUUUCGUUUCUCCAAGUUUUUUGUCUGAAAGAAAUUUACAAUACAUUCAGUAUGUUAAUAAAUAUAUUGCGCCGAUACUUCAAUUUCAAAGGUUCACUUUUGGUUACUGAAAUACAUCAGUUGUGAAUGUAGAGAUUUAUGGAAGGUGCAAUAUGUAUUGUAAAACUCUCUUAGUUAUAUUUUUGUUCAAAUUGUAUUCAAUCCUUAGCACUUUUUGGUAUUUAAGGCAUUUGUUGUUGGAAUAGACUGUGUCUAUAAAGAGCUGUAUAAUUUUUACACAAAAGUUUGCGAACAGGUUUAUCCUAUUAAUUUUUUGUUUAUCUGGUGAGAUAUAGUGCUUUUAACCAUGGUUUAUAAUAUGACACCAUAAUGGUAAGUCCCGGAAAGCCCACUCGAGAGAGGUUCAAAAUGCUUAAUUUGUUAUAAACACAAUCGACAAAACCAAAAUUACCCGAAUGAGUUAGGACGUUGGUAAAAUAUAUCUUUACAUAGGCAUGGUAUAUUUGAAAUUACAAAACAGAGUUUUAACAACUUCUUUACUUGCUCUUUAUAGUCGCAGCAGUAAGAAUUGUCUACUGGAACCGAAUGUAAUAUGACACCAUUGAUCAGAUAGCUUUAAAACUUUUCUAACAUUUUUAACAUUUAAUGUUUUAAAUAAAGUAAUUGAACAAUGUAUGCUCCAAAAUCCGAAUUAUUUUAGGGUGAUUUUCCUUAAUUGCUUUCAUGAAAUAGGAGCACAAUUGAAAUGUCGAACAAAACGUGAAAUUGUAAAAUUACAAAUUCGACAUAAACGAUUCAUUACGUAACAAGAAUAUAUUAUAACAAUCUUUUUUCUUUACCUGUCUGACGUAUUAUUUACUGCGAUAGUUAAUGCUUAGGUGAGACAUUUAGACGAUAGUAUGGAAAGUUUUCAUAAGUUGCUUAGACAGCAAGGAACAUCACAAAAACAAUUGCUGUGUAAGGUGAUAGAAAACUUAUUUUGUUCAUAUAAGAAAGCUCUGAAGAACUUGUGGUCUGGAAAGAGAGAAAUAGAAUUCCUAAAGGAAGUCCAAACCGGCGAAAUGGAAACAAUUGCAGGCUCGGUUGAACUGAUUCUGUUCGCGACCUCUGGCGCCGGCUAAGCAGUGUUCAACAUUUAAACAUGUAAUAGUAAAAAUUUGAAUUUAGAAAAUCCACAGAUGUGUUCAUAUCAUUGAAGUUGUUACUUUUUUCUAAAACAAUAUAAUCAUAACUUAUUUAAAAUAAAAAACCAAUUACCGGUCAUUUUACAACAAUGGACUGUCCAGAUUAAGACUUAGUAUGAACAAAGAAUAUCG